CGCCCACCGCUAUAAAACACUUAAUGUGGUUGAUCAUGGAUUAGUGAAUACGCGCGCAUGUGAGGAAUAAACUUCAGACUCGAGGACAGUUGUCAAAGAAGCCCAAUGUCUGCAAACGAGGAGCGCACCUUUAUUGCCAUCAAGCCGGAUGGCGUGCAGAGGGGACUCGUCGGAGAGAUCAUCAAGCGUUUUGAACAGAAAGGUUUCAGAUUAGUUGCUAUGAAGUUAAUCCAGGCCAGUGAAGAUCUUCUAAGGCAGCACUACAGUGACUUGAUGGAUCGGCCUUUCUUUCCUGGGCUUGUCAGUUACAUGUCCUCUGGCCCUGUGGUUGCUAUGGUGUGGGAGGGUUUUAAUGUUAUAAAAACCGGCCGAGUGAUGCUUGGCGAGACUAAUCCCACUGACUCAAAGCCUGGGACUAUCCGAGGCGACUUUUGCGUUCAAGUUGGUCGGAACAUCAUCCAUGGCAGUGAUUCUGUCGAUAGUGCCAACACUGAGAUCAGCCUAUGGUUCUCACCAGAAGAGCUCUGUGAUUAUUUCAAAUGUCAGCAUAGCUGGAUCUAUAGCUGAACACAUUCUUCUUUCCCUCUUUGGUGUUUCUGCAUUGAUUCAUAUUAUUUUCCCAUUGUUCUUGGUGGUUGUCUUUACAAUAAAUCCAAAAAUCCAUGUAUAAUAUGAUUGCAUAUGUUUAGUGUGAAAAGUAAUAGAAGGUGUGUGUUUA